GGCCAACUUCACUCACAUGGACGACCAAACACUGGACCUGCAGACAAAACACACUUCUGGAAAAUUCAAACAAUUCAAUGCACACACACACACAUAUGUAAACACGUGUGUGAACUCAAAACGUCAAAAAGGAAAGAAAACAUGUCUGCAUCGGUACAUGGAUGUGAAUUUAUCUCGUUUCGAGACAAUAAGACGGCAUCUCUGCUGCUCCGCGCUCUAAUCAGAGGCACACUUAUGUGCUAUAAAUCAUGUAAAAGGUCCACAUAGCUGCAUUUAAAUAACAGCUAAAUAAAACCCAGUCGCUCCUCUCGGUGCUUAUUAUUUUAAAUUUUAUGUGCUUUUGGUAACAGAGAGAAACUCGGUGUCGUAGUACCGUGAACGUCCACUACGGGGCGCUAUCCGUCUCAUUUUUCCCCAUUUGGCAGGUGUCCGUGCUUUUACUUUGAAAGUCGCAGCAGGAAGUGCGCGUUUCAUUGUUAGAGCGCGUUGACUGUGGUCCUGCGGCCGCUCAGCCUCCUCCCGUCGUCGCCAUGGUGCAGAUGAUGGAGUCGCAGUGCGAGUAUUUCAUGUAUUUCCCGGCGGUGCCGAUCACGGACCUGUCCGACCCGGCCCGGUACCGCACGCUGCCCCGCAGGAGCCACCUGUACCUGGGCGAGACCGUCCGCUUCCUGCUGGUGCUGCGCUGCAGGGACGCCGGAGCGACGCCGACCGAGCACGGCCCCGCAGGGGGCGCUGAUGGCACAGCGGCAGGUUUUGGGACCGAAUCGGCCAGCAGCCGGGCGUGGAGGGAGUUGGCCGGAUCUCUGUGCGCCGUGGCGAGCGUGAGUCCGGGUGAGAGCAGUCGUCACCGGGGCAACCACCAUCAGCAUCACCACGACUACCAGAGCAGCGGGGACGAGGCCAACGAGGACGGCGAAGAGGACUACAUCGCAGCUGCCGAGGCCGCCAUCGCAGCGCUCGGCAGCAGGGUUGAUUCCCGGUGCCGGAGCUUCAGGGACUGCAAACCUCUGCUCAUCCACAACUCCUCUGGGACGGCGUCGAGGGAGUUCCGCAGGGCGCCCGUCCAGUCUCCUCUAGAUGAGCCGGUGGUCCUGACGGAUGAGGUCAUCUUCCCGCUCACCGUCUCUCUGGACAAACUGCCCGUCAGCACCCUUAAAGUCAAGGUGAUGGUCACGGUGUGGAAGAAGGAGGCGGAGAAAGUGGAGGUGCAGGAACUCGGCUACCUGAGCGUGCUGCAGCAGAGAGAGCCGACGCACACCUUCAGACACGACCUGAACACUUUCAAGGCUCAGGUGAGCACCACCCUGACCGUCCUGCCGCCUCCGACCGUCCGCUGUAAGCAGAUGACUGUUUCUGGAAAACACCUCGCUGUCUUAAAAGUGCUGAACGAGUCUUCUCAGGAGGAGGUGAGUAUUCGGGAUGUUCGGAUUUUACCGAACCUCAACGCUUCCUACCUUCCCGUGAUGCCCGACGGCUCCGUGCUGCUGGUGGACAACGUGUGCCAUCAGUCCGGUGAGGUCGGCAUGGCGUCCUUCUGCCGGGUGGACAGCCUGGCCUGCCGUCUUCCCAGCAUGCUCAGCGCUUUAGAGGAGCACGACUUCCUGUUCCAGCUGCACCUCAACGACAUGCCGCAGGACGACUCCAAUGAGGGGCUGGAGGUUCCUCUGGUCGCUGUGCUGCAGUGGUCAACUUCCAAGAUGCCUUUCACCAACUGCAUCUACACCCACUACAGGUUGCCCAGUAUCCGUCUGGACCGGCCGCGCUUCGUCAUGACGGCCAGCUGUCCGAGCACCGUCAGGGUGAAGGAGCACUUCAAGGUCAAAUAUGUUCUUCUCAACAACCUGCAGGACUUCCUGGCUGUGCGGCUCGUCUGGACUCCAGAGGGUCGAGGUCAGGGGGAAGACGCAGCGCUGUCUGCCGUGGUCUGUCACACCCCUCUCAGUAACCUGGGUCACUGCCGCAAAGGAAGCACUCUGUCGUUCAGCGUGGCCUUCCAGAUCCUCAAACCUGGACUCUACGAGCUGAGUCAGCACAUGAAGUUAAAGCUCCAGUUCACAGCGUCGGUGUCCAACCCUCCACCCGACGCUCGGCCCCUGUCACGUAAAAACAGCCCGUCCAGCCCGGCGGUUCGAGACCUGCUGGACCGACACCAGGCCAGUCUGGGACGCUCUCAGUCCUUCUCCCACCAGCAGCCGUCUCGGUCCCACAUCAUGAGGACGGGCAGCGCUAUGGAGCGACGGGCCAUCACGCCUCCCGUUGGCUCUCCGGUGGGUCGGCCGCUCUACCUGCCGCCGCAGGACAAGUCGCUGCUGUCGCUGGACAAGAUCGCCAAGAGAGAGUGCAAAGUCCUGGUGGUGGAUCCUGUCAGCUAGGCAGCGAGAGGAGAGGCUUUUAUUUUGAAAGAGAAACACACACGAGAAGAGAUGACAAAGAAUCUGACUUCAUGUUACUGCAGGGAACACUCCUGUGUUUGAUCAGCUGACCAAUCAGGAAACAAUCAGAUUUUCCUUCACAAGGAGGAAGAAGUUCAUCCUUCAGCUGAAAUAUUUCAUGUUUUACUUCAUUUCAAGACACUUUGUGUUUUCCAGCUCAUUUCCUGGAAGCGUUCUUUAAAAUUUUAUCUUAUAUUGAACUUUAAAGCAUCGUCCAGAUUGAGCCACUGAAUCGUUUUAUGCUCCAGGUGUGUUUUACAGCAUGAAAACUGCAAACACGCAGCUCAGCUCCACGAAGAGCCGAAGAACUGAGAAUUUAUUUUACAAUGUUUAGUAAAGUUUCCAGGAAAUAAGCUGGGAAGUGCCAAACCUCCAAAAUAAAGUGUUACCUUUUUACUUCUGUGUUAUUUUCAGAGUAAAAGACAUUACAGGUUAAAAACGUAUAAAACUGAGGACAGUCACGGUUAAUGUUUUCUUUCAGUGUUAUUUCCUCCAUCGCGUCACAAACAGUAACUUCAGCAGAAUGUUGAUAAUAAAAUGAAUGGUGGUUGUUGUGAGUCAGCUUCCCUCUGAGGACACUCAGCCUUUUAUUAAAGAGCAGCAGGAGUCUGCUGCCUUGCUCAUGGUGUUCUGGUUCAUCCUGGUUAUGAUCUGGCGCACGUUAGCAAGACAAACUCAUGAAAACUCAAAAUCAGGAAUUCAUCUGAGAUGCAGGCAGGAAUCUCCAGCACUCAACCCGGGAAAACAGGUUAUUCCUGGCUCUGGCUAUUCCUGAUGUUUUUAUGGGAGGGGCUACUGGGGCGUCAGUGUCAGCUGUAGCUCCUCCCACUCCAGGUAGUAACAGGGACCGUUGCUGCGUUAAUUUAUCGCAGUUCUUGGUUUGUCAUUAGUGAAACAAUAAGCUAACAGCGAGGACACAGAUGUAGUCAGAGUGUAUCUGCUGUCUCACUGCUAAAAAUCAACACAAGAAGAAAUGCGCGUUUCUUUAACGUCCGAGGUCACAUGAUGCACCCAGGCAUUUGAUUGGUUCUGCUCUGUUCUCUGUGUACUUCUGUAUUCUUGAAGACGUUUCAUCCAAGAAGGUUUUGCAGUUCAGGAAGAAUCUCAAAACUGGAUUAUACACGGCAGACAGUUGGUGUCAUAAGCCCCGCCCUCUGUUCAAAGAUGGUCAUUCACAGUGGACAUAGAUGCUUCUUUCACUCUCAAACCAACAGGUGGACUCUGGCAUCCUCAAAAAGUGACCUUUGACCUUCAGAUGGACAGAUGGGUUAGGGGUUGACAAAAUAGUUUAGUUUGUGUUUCUGAUCCUCCGUCGUUGGUGUCGGAUCUUGUUUUCUGUGCGUCUUUGCUAAUUUGACGAAAGCCUCGUUGGGAUAACCACACGUUUCUUUACACGUGUGUUCCCUCUUUUUCCUAUUUGUUUUAGAGGGAACGCUUAGAGGGUCCUGAUGACUCCAAGUUUGACAAUUUUAUCUAUUUUUAUUCAGUUAUGACAUAAUUGUGAUGAUUGGCUGUUACACGUUUGCCUGUUUGAAACAGAAAAAUAAUGCAAACAAAAAGAGAUAAAAGCUUUUCCUCAGUACUUGCUGCUGCUUCAUGUUCUGUGUGAUAGUUUCCAUCAAAUUCACCAGAAUCUGCAAAGCUUGUGACUUCCAGUGAUGAAUGAGAGACUAACUAAAACAAAAUGCUUCCCUUCAGGUGCAGUAAGACUUUAGACCAGUGGACGUCCUGCAGUACUGACCACCACCACACACACAGAUACACAGGGUAAAGAUGGGCAAAAGUGGAAAAGCAUCAGAUCCUGAGAAACAACCAGCUGGAGCACAGUUUGAACAGUGUGUUUAAUAAAUGAGUGAAACAUCAGGUCUGUGGAUGGAUUUGGUUUUCAGAAGAUCGAUUACAAAAACAGGAUGUGGAUCCUUAAAGUCCACGCCUUUAUUCUCCGAUUGGACGAAAGUAGCGUUUCAUGAUUCACAGUUCAAAGUAAUCCUUAUUUGUACUGAGCCUCAGUGGAGCGCCACUCUUUGUGACAUCACACAGAGCUGACAGGAAAAAAAUGUGAAAACUGACUUUUAGAGCAGUGUGAAGUCCGACGUUGUCAUGUGACAUCCUGACCUGUAACAGCAUGUGUGUGAUGUGUUAUUAGCUUCUAUUUUGGAUGGGCUUUCAUCAUAAAAACCCCUGAGAAUAAAAUAUUCUGCAUGUAAAAUCCUGAAAGGGCUCAUUUUACAUAAAGAUUGUUACUUUCAGUUCUUUCUUAUGCUUGUAGUUCUGGACGUAAUUCUGAGGGCAGGACUUUUACUCAAAGCUUUCUUUGAGUUUCUGUUUGUACUUGAAGGAGAAAUAAACUCGGGUAUCCACAAAUCUAACUGUGACAAGAACAGACACCGAGGCACUCAGAGCACAAUGCCUCAUGUUAUCGGUUGAAUAUUCAGCCACGAGCAUGAGUACAGCUGACAGCCCAUCCUCUGUUUCUGACUGGCUUCAUUUCCAGCUGACAGAGAUAUGUCUGUGAAGGUCAUCGUAAUCUCAGGAGCUUGGAAAGAAAACCGUCUGGACUUCUUUAAGUUUCCUUGAAGAUGUUUCCUCCGACAAGAUUUUGUCUUUGGGAUGAACCAGACAUCCCAAAGACAAAACUCCUAAACACAAACUUAACAACGUAGUGUAUGCAGCACAGAGCACCAAGGAGUGCUCUGACCUUUACAUCGGCGAGACCAAAGAGCCACUUCAUAAACGAAUGGCACAACAUAGAAGAGCCACCUCCACGGGCCAAGACUCGGCUGUGCAUUCAAUUCAAUUCUAUUCUAUUUAUGCAGCACCA